UCUUGACAUCUUCGGUAUAAAACAGCGGAGACGAAAAGUUCAACAAAACAGUCCAGGAAGGACAUUUCAACAUGAAAUGCGAGAAAAUGUACGGUCACCCGUUACUGAUGAAUGUUACUGGUAUAAAAGGAAGUCUUCGUCCCUUCAGCUGUGGGCACCAGUGUAAAGAGUGCAAGAAGCCAUUCAAGUUUUCCAAGUUUAAUGCAGUAACUGUGAAAGAUUGUAAAGCUAAAUGCAACCAAACUGACCCGUGUGAAAAAGGAUGCGAGUUUCUUCAAAGCGUUAUGAAUUCAGAUGAUAGAUCGGGUGGCAUCUGGUAUGACACAAGGAACAUCACUUCCAGAGGACCGUACCUUUUCUGUCGUACGUCAACAGAGUUAUUGGUUAACUUUGAGUUUCGUCUUGUCGCCGAGAGCGCUGCUGGAUUUGAGCCCGUUACCUUCAUUAUCUUUGUAAAGACGACGACGCAAGAUUGGUACAUACUAACACUGUCUUCAGAGCUUCCAUUCUAUGCAAAUGAUCUUCAUAAAGGCUUUAAAAUGCAAGUAGCUUUUGCCAUGGUAACAUCAAAGGGACUACACUCUGCACAAGAUUUUAAAAAAUUCCGCAAUAUUAGCAAAUGGAUGUCGACGUUGAGUGAUGAAGAUCCUAUAGACCCUCCUAGGGACGUGAACGUUGAUUUGAAACCAGCAGGCAACAAAUUUGAGGCCCAUGUGACUUGGGGUUUGGCGCCGCACAGCAAAACAUGUGACUACAUGAUUGACUGGCGAGCUAAUGAGGAAGAUCACUGGAAUAUUGAAAGUUAUGAACUUGAUCGACAUAAGCAUCAUGUAGGUACAAAGAUGUAUUAUGUGCUACAAGGUUUAUUGCCAAACGAGAAUUACACUAUAGAUAUCAUAUCCACCACUUCUGAUGACAAAGAAAAUAAAAGCACCGUCUAUAUUGUUACUCCAUCCUUGAUCCUUGGUCCACCAGAGAACCUAACCUUGGUCAACGUCAAACACCUGUCACGCAAUACGUCAAAAGCUGUGGUCACGUGGUGGCCGCCACAUAAUAUAUUCUCUACAGAUCAUAUACAAGAAUACAGAUUAACGUGGAGAAAGAUUCCCAUCCUAGUAGGACAAAUGUCCGAACCUCAUAGUGAUUCUACAAAAUUACCACCAGAAAACACCAGUUUUCAAUUGGUUGGUCUUCACAAUGGUUUCCCUUACAUCUUUACGGUAGCAGCAGUAUCACCAAUGACAGGGAAAGGAGAGGAAGCGAAACUCUUUUUUAACACCUCAGGUCCUCCUGUUCGCGGUAUCAAAUACGCCCAAUCUUCACCUACUCAUAAGGCGGGCACGCCCUUCCCAUAUCUGGUGACAGCACUCGUGCUGAUAACUGUACUUGCCUGCUUCUUCGGUGCCACCUAUUUAUACAUCAAGAAGAAAUACGGAAGUAUAUCCUCAGCUGUGCAGCAGAUGCAAGUUCAGUAUAUCAACAGCAGAGCUAUGUUGUUAUUUAACGGAGGCACGUUUUCGUCGGAUCUCCUUACCAUUGAGCCUGAUGAAUGGGAAGUGGAAUACAGCAGUGUUGCCUUCGGACAGCAGAUCGGCGAAGGAGCUUUUGGAACUGUUUCCCAAGCCACCGUUAUCGGCUUGAUGGGUUUUCCAGUACUUAAGGAAGUUGUUGUUGCUGUCAAGAAAUUAAAAGCAAACGCAAACGUGGAAGACCGGCGGAACUUCCUCACAGAGAUAUCACUGAUGAAAAGCAUCGGCAAACAUCUGAAUAUUGUCAGCAUGCUGGGAUGUGUGACGAGUAGCGGCCCGCUAUGUCUUAUCACCGAGUACUGUCCUCAUGGAGAUCUCAGGAACUACCUCAGACUCAUUCGGGAUAAGAAAAAGAAUCCGCACUUUGUUCUGCCCAGUGACUUUGUGAGCCCCGUCUUCAAAAGGAAAGCACUGCAUAGUAAUAAAGGAUCAAAGAGUCCAAGUCCGGUGAAAAAACUUAAGCAAGCUUUCUCUGCAAGCUGCCUUCAGGUUCAAAAUAGUGACGAUGAGAAUCAGCCUGAAAACACUGAGGGAACAUUCAUGUCAAGCUACGAUUUAAAACCUCGUGAGACGGACAGCAAUCACAGCCUGUUGUCUUCAGUCAGCUGUCUGUGCAACGAUGCAUGCAAUUGUUCUGUCCAGCCGGUGCAUGGAAAUGACUACGUGAACCGCCAACGCAGUUGGAGCCAUGAAUCAUCUUCUUCCGCACCUAUGAAAAAUCUAAGAAUUCCUCUAAAGAUCGGAACGUCAGUUCCUUCAACCCCCCUAAAUCUCUCUCCCAGUGCCACGCCAAUUCUCUCGGGAAGUACAAGCAAAGGCAGCUCAGUUCAGGCGGGUGGUUUCAUGCUUGAAGAGAAGAGAGAUGACAUCUGCAUCGUGGUCACAGACGCUGAUCCAAAUCUAAACCCCUGGGGUAACACAAGAAAAGUUUCCGCUGGGGAAAAGUGGAUGGCGAAUUUUGUACCAGUAACCGAGCAAGAGAAGAAUGAACAAAACUCCCCGAAGAAAAGAUCGUCUACUCUGAGUCCAUCUAAGAGUGAGGAGCGACUGCGGAAUGAAAACAGAAGGAGAAGCCUUGAAGAAGACAUGAGGGAAGAACUAACACAGAAAGUCCUCCUGUCAUUUGCAAGACAGAUAGCCGUGGGCAUGGAAUACUUGUCACAGAAGAAAUUCAUUCACCGCGAUCUGGCAGCGCGUAAUAUUCUUGUCUGCGAUGAUAAUCUUGUGAAGAUAUCUGACUUUGGCCUGACCAGAGAUGUUUACGAGAGUUGUGAAUACCAAAAGGCCCAGAGUGCAGGAAAACUUCCCAUCAAGUGGAUGGCGAUUGAAUCUCUCUUCGACAAUAGUUAUACCACGCAAAGCGAUGUGUGGUCGUACGGCAUUGUGCUCUGGGAAAUCAUUACUCUGGGUGGUUCUCCCUAUCCUGGUAUAUCAGGUCGAGAUAUUCAUAAGCUAAUCAAGAAUGGAUACAGAAUGGAGAGACCGGAGACGUGCAGUCAGCAGAUCUACCAAAUCAUGUUAUCCUGUUGGAGAGCUAAUCCUGAAGAAAGACCAAGCUUCACAGAUCUGAGAAACGAGCUCGAGAAACUGCUAGAAGAACAGGGGGACGAACAAUACAUAAGUGUCAACUGCGCUGAUUUUGAUGAUUACUGCGCUCUGGUUGGAAACCAGAGCAGCUCAAGUGAAAACGAAGAACUUGCCUUGCUCACGAGUGAUCAAAGUACGGCGAUAUAGACAUAUACGCGCACAAAUGCCCAGGAUUUAUAAAAUGAAGCAGUCUCAACAAAACACUACUAUCGAUAUAAGUGAGACAAAGCAUGUACUUGGAAAUAGUUUUUAAAAAUCAGUUAGUCAGCCUUUGCCUCCUCUACGAACCUAAUGGUGCAUUAAGGGGUCUUUUCCUAAGGUUGGGAUAAUCUGGGGUUUAGUGAUUAAAUCUGCGGUAAAUGUCACCAGAAAUUCCAAUCAGAAUUAGAGCGGAGGAGCCAAUAAGAUCUCAAAAUAAUUCGAAGAGAAACUCGCUUCAAACGCGAGAAAUGACAGUGAUCAAGUUGCCAAUGAUUUACUCUUGUAUCUGAUUGGGUGAAAGGGUGGCGUGAGUUUGUUCGACCAAUCACAGAGUGAAAGAACAAAAACCAGUGCACCCUCUGUCACCCUUUGUUCAAUUAAUACAGAAAAAGUGGCGCUUCAUAGAGUAGCCUUUGUUAUAUCAUGUAAAUCAUUUUAUGAUAACUUAAAGUUGAAUUGAAAUCGAUAUUUUCGAAUAAUAAUUUCCUUCUCUCUUUCAUCUACUAUGCACCCUGUGAACGUAAAACUUAGCGGAAAAGAUUUAACUGUCCGGCCCGCUAAAAUUAUAUGGUUGUCACUGAUGCAGAAGUCUUUUUAAAUUUGGCGGGCUAUAAAAAGUUUGAGCCAUCGUUUUUCUGUAAAUCGUGUUUAAUUUUUGCAGAUGACUGAGCAAUGAUUACGAGUUUUCAAUCAUUUGAAACUUUUUGACUCUUAGGUUUAAAUAGGGUGAUGGAUUUUACAGGUAACGGUUAAGAUUUUUGCCAUUGUACGAGUUACAAUUAAUUCUUUCGGUCACGGUCAAAAGAAAAACCUUUUACGGUUAACUUUUCACUUUGACGAUCGGUUAAAAUUUGCAAAUUUCACGCCUAACUGUUUCUUUUCCUCUUUUGCCUUUCUAUGGUAAACGGUUAACCUCAUUAAAACCCUCAUAAUAUACAGCAGUGAUAAAAUUAAUGUAAAUAGAUUUAAUGUAAAUAUUAUUCCACAAUAAAGAUGUAAUAAAUAU